AUGAACUCACAAAUUGACGAUUUGUUUUUAGAAAUAGAAACUCUAAUUAAACUUCAACUCAAAGAUAACAUUCAAAACAAUUCCGAGGUUGAACAAAAAUUUAAAGAUGCAAUAACAUUAAUUAACGAAAUAGAGGCUGAUGAUGAGAAACAACAUGGAUUAUAUAGAUAUAAAUAUCACUCAACUUAUAAUAGCUAUUUAAAGACA